AUGGAUUUCUCAGCCAUUUCAUCUGUUGUCCAGACUGUUGGGAGGUUGCUAACUCAGGAAGUCACAUCGUUGAUGGGCGUGAAGGACCAAGUUGAGGAUUUGCAAAAGGAGCUUGAAUGGAUUCAAAAUUUCAAGGAGGCGACGCGAGGAAAGUUGAUGAUGAGAAGUAAAGGAGGUUUUUCUAAUGUCACCAAAAGAUUUGCUUGCAUCCUUAAUGAGGGAGGGUUGCUCUGCCAAACCAAGUGCGAGAUUCAGAAAAUCACAGCUAGAAUCACCCAAUUGACUCGGCGAUUGCAAACCUAUGAUGUAAAACAGCCAAGGGAUGGAGCAGGGUCAAGUUCUUCAAAUCAAAGGAGAGAAUUGAGGCGGCCUUAUCAUCAUAUUGUCGACAACAACGUUGUUGGGUUGCAUGAUGAUAUCAAGAAGUUGGUGUCAAUUCUUGUUGACGAGGAAAGUGAUUGCAAUGUUGUUUCCAUAUGCGGAAUGGGUGGUCUUGAAAACAUAGUUGAUUCAAAACUGGAAGAGUUGGGGAAAGACAUGGUUAAUAACUGUCGAGGGUUGCCAUUAGCCAUCAUUGUAUUGGGAGGAAUUUUGGCUACAAAGAGUUCAAUACAUGAAUGGAAAAUUGUGCAUAAAAAUGCUAAAUCAUACUUGAAGAAAGGCAAAGGUGCCCAACAUAUUGAGCAUGUGUUAGCCUUGAGUUAUGAUGAUUUGCCACCUUAUUUAAGAUCAUGUUUUCUUUAUUUGAGCCAAUUUCCAGAAGAUUACCAGAUACCUGCAGAAAGAUUGAUUCAACUAUGGGUUGCAGAAGGCAUUGUGUCAUCAAUAGAGGAGGAAGGAAAUGGAGAAAUUAUGGAGGAUGUUGCAGAAGGCUUCUUAGAUGAGCUUGUGGAAAGGUGUAUGGUUCAAGUUGGGGAAAGAGACCCAACCUUGAAGGUCAAAACUUGCCACAUACACGAUCUAAUGAGAGAUCUUUGCCUGUCAAUAGCAAAGCAAGAAAAUUUUUUCAGCAUAAUCAAUCAUUCCUCAGUGUCUCCAUCUAAUACGAGGGCAGUCCAUAGAAUUGUUGUACAUCAACACAUUCAUGUUCAGCGCAUUAAAAGUAGUAUCCCUCUUAGAUCCAUCUUGUUCUUUUGGCACCCGUUUGAUUUGGAUUUGGAACUCUGUCUAAGUGUUGAGGAUGAUUUUUGGUGGUUUGUCUGGUUUGUUUGUUUAAUUUUGAAAUGGCAGAGAUCUUGGAACUACAUGUUCGGAAAUUUUAAGAAGCUUAGAGUUCUAAGCUUUGAAGGAGGAGUGAAAGGAUAUUCGGGAUUUAAGUUAUCUAGUGCUAUAGGUAAUCUCAUCCAUCUUAGAUGCUUGAAUUUAUGUGGUAUUGUAUUCUAUUGCCCAAAUAUCGCUACGUCUCUGGGCAACUUAAGGUGUUUGCAAACCUUGGAUUUAAGAAUUUUUCGUCAUGCUGAUUAUGGUGCUAUGAAUGUACCUAACAUAAUAUGGAAGUUAGAACAGUUAAGACAUCUCUAUCUCCCCCUGACGAUGACUUAUAAGACCAAAUUGAAGUUGCACACGUUGACAAACAUGUUAACACUAAUCAACUUCAACACAAGGAACUGCUUGGUCGCAGAUCUUUCCAAGUUCACAAAACUUAGAAAGUUGGGGAUUCUUGGACCAUUCCAUAUUGAUGAUUUUAAGGAAAAGAUGGAUAAGAAUCUGCCAAUUAUAGCAAAUGGAGAAGUUGCCAGAUUUUCACCAUUUCUCUUCGAGUAUCGCAUUGUGGAAGAUCCUAUGCCAACACUAGAGAAGCUGCCCAAUUUAAGGGUUCUGGAAUUAUAUGUGUAUGCUUUCAUUGGAAAGGAAAUUGUUUGCUCUGCACUCCAUUUUCCUAAACUUGAGUCUCUAACCUUUAGUGAGCUUUGGAACUUGGAGGAGUGGAAGGUAGAAGAAGGAGCCGUGCCUGCUCUACGCUAUUUGAAGAUUAGUGGUUGUAAAAAAUUGAAGAUGCUUUCAGUUGGAUUGAGAUUCAUUACAACCCUCCAAGAAUUGAAGAUUGAGUAUAUACCAAAGGCUUUUAAAGGUAAAAUGGAGAAACUAUUGUCAAGGGUGGUGUCGUGCUCAAUUCGAUGUAUCAAUAAGGUAAAAGGAGGGACUGCCAUUGGUUUAUGUUGA